GUGGACUGAAUUGGCGAGAUUAACCCAAAUAGCUUUGCUCGCUGGUGCGGGAAAACGUGUCUCUGUGUCUCGUCGCGUGUAAUAUGCGUUAAAGCGCCGGCGGCAGCGACGCCAUGGACUUUUACAUCAACCUGAAGGUGAAUUUCAGGGGAAAUUCCAAGAAUUUCCUCCUGUCUGGAUCCGAGACCAGGAGCUGGGAGUCGAUGGAGGCCAUGGUGAAACGUUCCUUUGGCCUGUGCAGCCUUCAGCUGACCUAUUUUGACGAGGAGAACGAGGAGGUGUCCAUAAACAGUCAAGUUGAGUAUGAGGAGGCAUUGAAGAGUGCAGCGAGGCAGGGCAACCGGCUGCACAUGAACGUGUACGAGACCCGAGGCCAGCCGACGAGGGUCGCCACCACCAAGGCCAGCGGGGCGGAGCCCAAGCGGGGCUUCAGACCCCCACAGCACUGCCCGGCCCUGGCCCAGGUCGUCAGCCGCAAGGUCCAGGCUGCAGUGCCUGAACAGGGCAUGGUGAUCAUGAAGGAAGUGAAAGGGACCAAAGACGAAGACAAGACUCCUCCGGCCUGGUUCACCUCUUACAUGGAGAAGUUUAAAGACCAGGUGGUUCGUGAGGCGGUGGAGAAGAUCUGCAGGGAGUUCUCUGGACAGUGCUGCAUCCACAAGCCCCUCGGAGGAGGAGGAGGAGCAGGGGGAGCAGGGGGAGGUAGAGGGGAAGCAGUAGGGGGAGCAGAGGCCCAGCAGGUCCCUGAGGUCUCCUCCACCCUGCCUGGAGCUCCAUCCUCCUCCACUCCUCCCUGUUCCUCCUGCAGGGGGCAGACCACUGGGGGAGGCUACCAGUGCAGUGUGUGUACCUCCUGCACUCUGUGCGAGCCCUGCAGCUUCUCUCAUGAUCCCAGCCACAACCUAGUGAGGGCCAGGACUCCUCUGUCCAUCCCGGAACACGGAUCGCCUGCACCGGACCACAGCAAGUUCUACAGGCGAGGUGACCGCAGUUUCCGGAAGGCGGAGAAGCAGCGACUGAAAGCAGAGAAACGUCUGCUGAAGGCCGAGGUCAAAGAGAUCCGCAAGCAGCUGAGGAUGGAGAGGCGGGGCAUACAGUGGAGCUCCUCCCACCGAGAUGGAAGCUCCUCCCCUGUUCUCCUGCAGCCUCGAGCCACCCAGCACAACAGCCCAGAGCGUCCCAAACGUCCCUGUCCCUUGGUGGUUCCAGCCAUGACGGCUGCGUUUCUGGAUGAGAACCUUCCGGAUGGAACCCGACUGCGUCCCGGGACCAAGUUCAUUAAGUACUGGAAGAUGAGGAACACUGGAACUAUCAGCUGGAGCGCAGACACUAAGCUGAAGUUCAUGUGGGGAAACCUGGCGGUGGGAUCUGGGGACCGUUGGAGAGAAGUGUCAGUUCCCUUCCUUCAGCCGGGACAGGUCGGUAUAGUGAGCGUGGCACUGUGUGCUCCGGCGGUGGAGGGCUCCUACACCUCCCACUGGCGCCUGGCCCACGCCGGAGAGCAGUUUGGGCCAAGGGUGUGGUGCAGCAUCGUGGUCGACCCUCUGGCCCCGGCGCCCAUGAUGGCUGAUGGGAUACUGGUGUCGCCCUGUGUCACACCACAGGGUAAGAACCCAGUGACAAAGGAUGGAAAGGCCUGUGCAGCUUCUAGGGAGCAAGCUUUAAUGUCAGUGGACCAAGAAGAGUACUACAUCCCCUCUGUAGACCUGCUCACCGCACAGGAUCUCUUGUCUUUUGAGCUGCUGGACAUCAACAUUGUCCAGGAGUUGGAGAGUGUCCCAAACAACACCCCUGCUGACAUGACUCCCUGCAUGUCCCCUCUGCCUCAAGAUGGCCACCUACAAGACAAAAGCAGUCCCUCUUUGGGUCUGAUCCAGGAAGAGACAGAAGUCAUCAAUAGCAUCAUGGUGGCACGUCCAGCAGCUCAGGGUGGCUCCUCCUCCUCCUCCUCCUGUGUGAAGAGUAAAACACUGAAAACAGAGGAGACCCCAGACAGCAGCCCCAGCAGCUCAAACAACACCACCCUGAAACCACCAGCCACACUGAAGGCCUCCCUCCCUUCCCCGCUGAAAGCCUCCCUGCCUGCUCCCAUGUCUGUAGCUACGACCCCGGGGGCUGGCCCCAGCUCAGCGCCGACCCUGCUCCACGCUUCGGCCAGGGCCUCCACGCUGCAGGAGCACACAGCCACAGGUGAGGCUGAAGAGUCCAACAUGGAGAGCAUCUUUGUGGAGUCCAGGGUGAAGGAGAGAGAGAAGGAGCCGGAAGAGGAGAAGGAGAAAGAGGGAGAGGAGAAGAGAGAAGGGACAAGAAGUCGCUCCUCGUCCACCUCCUCAGAGGAUUACAUCAUCAUCCUCCCUGACUGCUUUGACACCAGUCGGCCACUGGGGGAGUCCAUGUACAGCUCUGCUCUGUCCCAGCCUGGGGACAUACCAGCCAAGACCCCCACAGACCCAGAUACUCCAUCUUCUGACUGUCCAGGCAGUACUGCAGAGGGGGAGCUAGGUGAGGCGAAUGAAGCCGCUGCAGCUCCGGGGGCAGAGUUGUCCGGCACCAGCAGUGCCAACGACAUGCUUUGUACGUCUCAGACACUGGAUGAUGAGCCGUUGACACCUGAGGUGGUGGCACCACCUAAAGCCGUCGUCGCACCAAGUCCAGAGAGCAGUGGAGAAACAGAUGUUGAUGCUGCUGCUGCUGCUGGGGAAGGAGCCGAAGGCUCUGAGUUGUACCAGACUGAGGAUGCCUCUGGUCCUGAACAAACUGAGAAAGAACAUACUGAAGCUACUGAGGACGCACAGGACGGCCCUGAGGACCCCAGGCACCCAGGCAUCACCAGCGGCCUGGUGAAGGGAGCGCUGUCGGUAGCUGCUUCAGCUUACAAAGCACUGUUCACUGGACAAGGUCCCACUCAGGUCACCUCCAGUGGACGCGUCCACCCAGGAAACCAUGAUGGCCGUGCUGGUGGAGAUGGGCUUUGGGGACCGGUCGCUGAACCAGCGGCUGCUGAAGAAACACAACUACAACCUGCUGGAUGUGGUCAAUGAGCUCGUCCAGAUGACUGACAAUGACUGGUACUCCACACGCUACUGACAAAAAAGAGACAACGAAGUGGAGGAAGAAGAAAAAAAAGGAGAUAGAGGAGGAGAUGAAACACGUGAAAGAUCAGGAAAGAGGAGGGGGGUAAAGAUGGGAAGAGAGGAAUUCAUUUCCGUUCAUCUACCUUUUUAGCUUCAUCCUUCCGCCCCUUCUCUCCACUGUCCAGUUAAAAGGAGAGCAAUCUUCCAGCAAACUCUCUGGGAUCCUAUAUUAGACCAUCAAACACCUGCUGUCUGUGGUAUUACUUUCUGUGUCGGCCUUGAUAGCGGCAGGACGGUUUCUUUGCCUAAGAAAGAACCGUGUUCCUAAAGUCUCAACAGGGCUGUGUGUAGCAUUUCUUAAAAGUUAAGACCUCGUAUCCCAUAAACACUACAGCAGCCUGCAAAGCCUACUUUGUUGUGUUUGUUUUGGAAAGCAUAAAAGUGGUUAUUAAUGCAAAAUUGACCAUCAUGAGGCUAGCUAACAUGAAUUUGUGUUAAACUAACCAGUUGUGUUUCAGUAUAUCAAAGCAAUUCAGCCAAUUUCACAGUUACAAGGCAGGUAAAUACACCAAGAUCAAAAUAAAAAUUAUUCGUUAGCAUUGAAAUGCUACACAUAGCACCCUCCGGAUUAUCCCUUUCGCCUGGGACAGUUAUGAAGGACAAAUCAGUAAGAUAAUAUCAAGUAUUCGCACCUGCACUGAGAACAGUAGUAAGAAGAUUCACAUCACUUUUGUACCUAGCCAUUUAAAAUCGGAGGAUGUGAACACGUGCUAGAAAGUCCUCAUUGACUUGCACCGAGGCAUUCACUGGAUGCUUGAUGGUUCCACUGGAGCAUCAGUCGUUUGACCCCCCAGAGUUCUACUACCCUAACCUGAUGGGUAUGCAUGAAGGCCCAGUCACAGCCAGACAGGGGGGCACACUUUUCUGCAUGUCUUUGCAAGAAAUGUGGUGAUAGAGGUCGUCACUACUCACAGGGCCAGUCAGUAAACUACUGUAGCUGGCCAGCUAAUGGCUAAUGCUGUCACAAAAGCUCUUCAAGUUAACGGGACAGUAAGGCUAAAUUUCGUCAUGAGAGCAUGUGUCGGUGGCUCUGUGCAGACGUCCAUGUACCCACCGGCUUGUGGACCAUUGGCUCCUGUCUUGGUCAGUUGCACAGAUUUGCAUGUUGAAUUUCUCCACGGUUAAACUUGAUGCAAAAGAUUUCCCCAAAAGCAAAUCCACUUGUACAGAAAUUCCUUUGAAAUAAACCGAUUUCGUUAUUCUGUUGUUUUAAAUGCUGGUGUGACUGGGCCUGGGUUUGGUUUCGGUUCAGGUCUGGUUAUUUUCAAAUUAAUGUAAUUUAUUAACAACUUUCUCUCUCUCUCUCACACACACACACACACACACACACACUCUCACUGUGCCGUCUUCUGUGUUCAUGCAUUCAUGCAUGUCACAUGUUUAAAGUCAGGACUCAGUGCUCAAGAAACAGACUGUGGCCAAUGCCUUGCAUUAGCCGGGCAAACCGGUUGCUCAAAUAAGCAAAAAUAUAGCUUGGGUUGGGUCUGCGUGGCAAAAUUUGUCAAUGGCACUUCAGUCAGGUCUGGACUUAAGAGAUGCAGAUACCAGAAGGGUUCAAGUCUCUGUUUAGGCCUGUGCAGAACUAAUCGGACCUGAGAAGAUAUAGUUUUUCAUCAUUCAGGUCAGGGUUGGUCAAAAUGGUGACAUCCGCUAGAAGAUGAUCUAAAUUUGUCACGAGUCAGAGAUACUGUUUACACCUAGGUAUCAAUUCCUUUUAAAAUGUCUGGUUUUAUUAACCAGUUUAUUGUUGCAGAUCAAUCAGGUGCUUUGUGACAGUAUUUGCUUUAUAUGUGACUUUAGCUUGACCUUGAUUCUUUAUCGCUAUAUUGGUCAAAAACAGACAUUCCCAUCUUAUGUAUAUAUGUUACAUGUUUCAACACUUCAUCGGCUCAUUUUCAAGAAAUUCAAAAUUUACGUAUAAAUUUACGUAGGAUUGAGUAUGCCACGAUAGAAGGUAUUAUCCACAUUGCCCUCCCCUAAUCACAUUAGCUGUACAGACAAGUAUGUGAGUAAGGCCACUCACACUGGGGCCAAUUGUCUCCAUGUUCAUGUUAGCAACAAGUAAUCAUAUCAUAAGUCUCAGAGCUGUUCUUUUUGUUCCAUUUGUUUUGUCAGUAUCACUGGAGAUCACACAGGAAUCUCAUGCUAUCUAUUACUGAGCUGUAUGAAUCACCUGCUGUAGAUGAGCAGAUGAAAACUGGAAGCAGAACAACAUAUUCAUCAUAAAAGCAAACUAUUUCCCUACCGUUGACUUUCCCUUCUUUCAUCCAGCUCUGUUUUGGCAGUCAAACAUCUUCCCUGAUGCUGUUUGUUGUCCUCACAAUAAGGAUUUUCUGUAUUCUCCCGAACCCUUUGGUCAGACUGAAGGUCUCAGUAUGCUUCAAACGAACCAGGUCAUUCAAGUCAUAUGACCCAUGUCUGAAAUACGUGUCACACUUCAUGGCAGGGUCUUCCUGGGUGCAUCCUACAGCCUCUCUGUUUCCAGUAGCUCUUCUUCUUUUUUUUUUUUUUUUUUACUGUGUCACAUGUAGUCGUUCACACAAAUAGAGAUGGAGGUUGUUGUGUAAAGAAAAUGUACAAAAAAAGUUGAAACCCUGCCUCCUAUGACACCUCUGCACAUCUUGCUACUAGCAGUAUUAAGUGGGAAUAAUUAUCAGAUUGUCGGUUUUGUUAAGUCACAGAAUUUGUCAGGAAAUAACAGAAAAUAAAGUGGGUCAAGUGCUGUUGAACAUAACAUCUGCAUUAACGUGACUUGGACAUGUCAGCCCAUGUGAUUUCGUGUUUCCAGCUUUUGUUUCACUGGAAACAAGCCAGUGUGAACAUGAAGCAAACCAGAAAUUUAAAUAAAAAGAGCCAAACCAAAUGAGCCAUGGUUUAGAAAGAGACGAUCAUAUUAAUUCUUUGUUUAAAGCAUACAGAGGACUGAAGUUCACUCAAUGUCUUUUAACAUCGCACAUGACACAGGUCUUUACUAAUCAGCCUGAGAGAUAAAAGUCAGCUUAAAGUGACUGUUUAGUUGAGUUAGAUGGGGUAUGUUUAGCGACUUUGAACAGCCGCAUUGAAUUGAAUCCCUUCUGCAGAGCUCACGUGUGCGAAUUUCAUUUUACGCUCCUGUCGUCUGUUUUGUGCUUUGAAGUGUUAAAAGUGUGGGGGGCUGAUACUCCUCCUUUGGCAGAGCACAUGUAGAGUAUGUACAGUACAGUCUUUCCAAACUUUAACUGGAAUCAAACAGUGUGUAACUGUGAAAUGUGUCUCUUUUUUUUUUUUUUUUUUUUUCCUUCACAAAUGUAUGAAUAUAUAUAGAACCUCCUAGUCGGAAGCUGUGACUAUCAGUUAACUUCAUUAGUUAAGAAUUGAGAUUGUUUAAGGUGUUUUUUCUUCGAAUGCUUGAAGGCUGUUUGGAAACUGUAAAAACUUUGAGCUGUGGAUGUUGUGUUUUCAGGCUUAUUGUGUGGUGAUUGAAUUUGCUCUGCUGUAUGUGUGUGUUAGUGUUAUCCUUUGUAAGAAAUGUUUACCAGACUGAUUGCAGAUUGUCUUUUUGUUUGCACGUGAGAGGACCUGAAGGAUUUGUGGUUGAACAAAUCACUUAAUAAAACAGCACUUGUUGUAGGAUUAUGAGAAAUUGUGUGCGUUCCUGACACCAGUUUCGGUGAUUUAGCACAGAGAUGCUAACUGUAUUUCCCAUAAUGUUUAGCUAUUUCUUUAUUCCUUUUAAGUUUAAUCACACAUUAGCUUUGACACAAAGCGAUGUACAUCUUUGCAGCUCAGCCAAAAACUGAACAUUUAAACUCAGCACUUCUCAUUUUACAAUUUUCUCAUUUUACAAAUUUCUCAUUUUUUGCUCUACGUGAAAACAGACACAAGAUUGAAACCUACAAUAAAAGAGUACACUUUUAUACAAAGGUAUCACUGCAGCCAACCCUACCUAAAUGAUGUUAAGGGACUGUGAAUGUAGUGUUGCCAGCAAAAUGAUAAGUGUUGUAGAACAGACAGAAAUUUAAACAUGCUUUGGAGAGAAGUAAAAGUAAACCGAGCAUUUGUUUCUUUAUUUGGGGUUGUCCAUUUUAGUUCAUCUCCUGCUAUGUAGACAAAGCUCCUGCAGUAAACUCUUGGUUUCUUACACAUUUUGCAUCACUUAGCUAAGUCUCACCACAGUCCCUUUAAAAGGCAUGAAGUAUUCUUAAAGAAACAUUGCUGCACAUGUCCAAUCCAAGCUCCUGAGUGAUAUACAUGCACUGGAAGAAGUUUUGACAAGUUUUACAUGCUGUACUUUAUUGUUAUUUUUGCUUUAAUUAAAAGUGUAUCUGUUCCACAAGGGGGCAGUCAGUCUGAUGUUUUCAGACUGGGGUAUGGAUGCAAGUGAAGGACUUAAGUUAGAAGAGAAAAGCUGGAUUGUUUAAGUUUUUUUUUCAGUUGUACUUUAUAUAAUAU